AGUAACGUUUCAGCAGUUUGUGUUUUUUGAUUUGAAAUUACGAUUAGUUUUUCGGUAAGCGCACAAAAACCGAAUUUUUUCAAGUGUUUAAAUGAUGGAAAAAGCAGAAUUUGCGAUGGAAACCGCUGGCGAGGUGCUAGACUUGUGCGUCCGCAAGCGCCCCCAUUCGCCGGAGCCCUACCCCCCGCGGUGCCCCCCGAUCUACGAGCCGUCGUGCCAAUACAGCCCCGUCUCUAAUAGCGAUUCGGAGAACUCGGAAGUCUCCAGCAACUCCUACACGCCGAAAAUAAAGAGCUGCCGCCCCUUCAAAGCCUACAUCAAGGACCCCCUUACCCUGGCUCAGGGCCUAGUGAGCACGGAAAUGCUAUUGAAAAAGGAUUCCUCCGAGGCGUUCAACGAAUUCCGAACGAAAAUCUUGGCACAAGUGCAUGGGACCAACAACGGAACUAAUAAAAACAUGCGCAGGUUAUCUACGACGACACAAAAUAAAAACGAUGAUCCUAGUUAUUGGGAGAAACGGCGGAAAAAUAACGAAGCGGCGAAAAGAUCCAGAGAUGCCAGAAGAGCUAAAGAGGAUGAGAUUGCCAUCAGGUGCGCCUUUCUCGAACGGGAAAACUGUCAUCUGAAAUUCGUCACGGAUACGCUCAAGAAGGAGCUGGAGAAGCUACAGAAAAUCGUCUAUUUGAGGGAUUAUCAUAAUAUGUAACGGGGGUUGUUUACGGAGGAUAACUUGGAUGUGAUUUUAUUCUUGUCAGAGGAUUCGUAGUCUCGCGUGUGCGAAGUAGAGUGAGGUUUUUAAAUUAUUUUUUUAUGUAUUUAUGUAUGUAUGGAAGUUUUUUGUAUAUUUUUUGUAUGGACUUAAAAAUAAGCAAAUAAAGAUAUUUUAUACGACGAUAAACCCGAAAA